AUGUGCUGGGAUAACAACAUGUUCUGGGACAUAGUGUACUGGGACAUAGUGUACAGGGAUACAAUGUACUGGGAUAACGACAUAUUCUGGGACAUAGUAUGCUGGGAUAUAAUGUGCUGGGAUAACGAUAUGUGCUGGGACAUAAUGUGCUGGGAUACAAUGUGCUGGGAUAACGACAUGUUCUGGGACAUAGUGUACUGGGACAUAGUGGGACUCAGAUACCUUGCCGUCAGCAUGGACGUUUCUACUUGGUACGCGAUAGGAGUUUUUGGUGCCAUAACUCUUUGCAUUAUUGUAUGCAUGUUCUUACGCUUAUCCCGAGCCGUCUUUCGGCUUGGAAAGCGCAUAUUCUUUAGAUAUCUAAUCUAUGCCGAUAUACCAAAGGCUUCUGGGCAUUCUUACUACACUACUAGAUAUAAAUGCUUUCUUUUCCUCUCCGUUCUCACUGCCAACAUUGCCGCAAUCACGAUUGGAGUCGAUGACAGACGGAAGUUUGUUAAACGAACCGGAAUGGUAGCCGUGAUCAACAUCGUCCCGUUAUUUUUAGGAACGCAAAUAAGCGUUGUUGCAAGCAACUUUAAUGUAAAGCUUGGCUCUAAUGCUCGAUUGCAUCGAUGGCUUGGAACCGCUGCUAUUAUGGAGGGUAUAUUACAUGCGGCAACCUCCCUUUCUAUAAAAAAACCUAAACCUAGCAAGCGGGAAGAAAUCGCCGGAUUCCUGCGCAAGCGACCUUUGAGUUGUGCAACCAUUCAACCAAUCAACUACACGACACUGUCGGGCGAAAGAAUUCCCGUCUGCGAUGCGGUUCAUUUACACGUGCGACUGUCCAGGGGAUGGACCCAUCGAGCCGGUCAAUAUAUGUAUCUCUGUAUUCCUAGGGUAAAUCGCACAUCGUUUUCACAGCUGCAUCCCUUUUACGUAGCUUGGUGGUAUCGGGAAGGCGAGUUCGACUACGCCGUCUUCAUCAUCAAAAAAUACACCGGUUUCACGAAGCUGCUUGUCGAAUGCAAUCCAAAAGACCGGGGAACAAAUGGACACUUGACAGCUUUAAUAGAAGGGCCAUACGGGAAGGAGCUUAAACUCGAUCUGUAUGGCACAAUGCUCCUUUUUGCUACUGGUAUUGGAAUCGCUGGCCAGUUGUCAUAUAUGUCGCAACUGCUGCGAGACUAUCGUUCUUGCGAAACAAAAACAAGAAGGAUCGCACUCUUCUGGCAGGUCCGCUCAGAAGGGGACCUUAUUAGCCUGGGAGAGCGUAUUAGUAUGACAUAUGGCGCUUUAGACGUCACGGAUGUUCUUAACCUUGAAAUCAGCCAACGGAAAGGGCGGAUUACCAUCUGUCGUAAGUCUUCGAUCAGAAGUUCUACCGGUGACGACGUUGACAAAGAUGCAGUCUGCGUGGACGAGAAAAUAGGUAUUGCUCCCGAGACACACAGCGAAAGAUCUUUAAUAUGGGCCAAACGCCUCUCGACCGGCUUACUCACAGCUAUAUACCGCGCUUUACGGAGCAAGAUCGCUCAAUAA